AUGGUCUUGCAGCAAGUCCAGCGCUUGGAACGUGGAAGUGUGGGCGACUUGAAGCGCGAGUUCGCAAGACGUGGAUUGACUGUGGAAGCAGGUACAGAAAAGCAGGAGAUGAUCUCCAAGUUGCGCGAUGUGCUGGCGUGGGAGGAGAUGCCAGUGUCAGGUUUGCAGCAGACAUGCCGCGAGCGAGGUCUGGGUGGCCCUGCCGCUGCCUCUCGGGAAGAGCUCCUGAAGCGGCUGCUUACUUCCAUAGGCCAGACCAAGGCGGCUGAAUCACGGUUCAAGAACUUCUUCACCUAUGGCAACCCGCAGGAGACUCCGAAGCCCUCCGCCGGCCCCGGCGGACCCUCCUCGGCCUCGGGUCCUCAACCGAGCCCCGGCAACCGUGGUUUCGGGGACGACUUCGAGCGUGCGUGGGAGGCAAAAGCCGAGGAAAAUCGCCGAGCUUUUGCUUCAGGCAACCGGAACCAUGCUGGGAUGCCUUCCGGACAGAGGCGCUAUGCUGGGCCUGGGCCUGGCUUUCCUGGUUCCGGAAAGCAGAGGUCAGCGGCCCCACAGACUCCACCGAUCGAGCGCUUCUUUCGGGUUUUGGGCCUGCCAGCCACUGCGAGCCACGACGAAGUCCGCAAGGCUUACCGACAGCUUGCACUCCAGUACCAUCCGGACAAGAAUCCGGGACAGAAGCUGGCGGCUGCAGAGGCCAAGUUUCGCGAAGUGGCCGAGGCUUACGACAAAGUUUGCGAGGCAGAAGAUGUUUCGACUUUAGUCAAAGUGUCGACUUGCCAACGAAAGCGACUCAUGUGGCUGCGAUUGGCCUUUGUUGCGGCGGCAUGUACCGUGAGCACCCAUGCCGCUUGGACCCGAGGAUCCAUCGAGGUGUCUCCUGGAGGAGUUGUCUUCCUCGCCAAGUUCUGCUUUGACUUCGCACCGGAUGCCAGCUCCACCAACGCUGUUGGCAAGAUUGAGGCAACGCUGCACUCCUCGAGCCCAGCAGACGGCCUGAUCAAGUUUGUGCUGUUCGACGAUGAGGCCAAGUCCUAUCCCGACUCCUCCUCUUUGGGCGGCUUCGGCUGCGACUCCGACAGGCUAAAGAGAGCGGCACGUUGGACACAGGUGAUAAAUGCUACAGACCUGACAUCGGGAAAGACGCCCUUCGCAGACAUUUACGAGAAAAUUAGACCACGAUGGUGGUACGCUGCAAUCGUUGACUGCUCCGGGCAUCCGCGAACGAUUGACUACAAUGUGCACAUGACGAACGUAAAGGCCGGCUUCCUGGCAGAGUUCUCGAUCGAUCGAGUGGGACCGAAAGGAAUGUGCCUCUUCAUGGCAGUGUAUUCGAUCCUGGCAGGAUGCCAGCUCAUGGCUCUGCUGAAAAGGAGCACCAGUGCCAAAACGCAGCAUCCGAUCCGGCUUAUGCUGGGGCUUUGUGUCGGGGCUGCUGCUGCAGGCACACUUUGUGUUCUGCUGAACAUCUCUUGGUAUGCCUACCACGGGGAAGACCAGAAUAACCUGUACAUGGCAGGAAAGCUGCUCAAAGCUGGCUCCAAGUACACUCUGCUAGCAAUCCUCUUGCUUCUCGCACGUGGCCGCUGCAUCUCGGUGCCACUUUACGGGAGGGAUGUCAUGCAGGAAGCACGCAUCCUGGUACCGCUGUAUAUUGCCAGCGUUUCGCUUGAGGUCUGGGGCGAGUUCGCACAGUCCCGAACAUACACAACUGACUCGGUCUACCGGACGUACAUGGGCGACAUCAUCAUUUGCAUCGACAUUGUGCUGCUCGCCCUCUACCUUCGAAACUUAUUCCAGUCUUGGGGUGCAGAGCCAGACGCCCCGAAGCGAGUCUUCUACAGGACUUGGGGUCUUACCUAUGCGGGUGCCUUUUUGCUCCUGCCGAUCUCCGUGCUCACAUCGCAAUGCGUCGCUCCCUGGGUGCGGUCUGAAGUGAUCUUCUUUGUGUCGAACACGACUCACUGCGCAUUCUUGGCUCUGCUGAUCAUUGGACUGUGGCCAGACUACACGCAGCCCGCGUUUUGCAUCGACCAUCCCUCUGCCCUGGCUACUACAUUCGGGGUCAAGACAGAGUUGCUGGAAGGGAGCGAACUUGUCGAGGGGCCGAAGAUCUGA